AUGUCUACAUCAACCUCAGUCCCCGCCGCCCCGCCCGCCCGCUCGUCUAAUGCAGAUGGCUGGAGUCCCCUCGCCAUCAUCGGCAUUGUCGCAGCCAUCAUGGUACUCCUCCUGUGUGUACCUCUCAUCGCAAUAUACCUCCGCCGAUACGAAAAGAAACGAUGCAAAGAAAUGGUGAAGGACUCUGGAAGCAGAGGUAGCUCAAGAGGAAGCGAUGGGCUCAGCCAACUACAGGAAAGCCACAGCCUGAGGAGUAUUCUCGUGACGAAGGAGCUUCAGAGAGUGAGCUUGAAGCUCAGCAAGCCUGAACAAGCUCACAUGCAGGGGAGAGGGUGGAGUAACGCCGAGGUACAGGGAGGCGGAUGGCGCGUGUGA